AUGUCCGUCAGUCUCGCAUACACGGACAAACAUCUGAAGCCCCUGCCCAUCCGAGCCUCUUCACACCAUCAAGAUCCCCUUCUCUAUAUUGAUCGUCAAACGAAGCACAUUGAGCGAAAUCUACAAGUCCUUAUUGAUGCCCAAAGUGAAGGUCUCCUGGCUGGUCUCUCGGGCCAACAACAGAAUGACACUCCAUCGCUGUCUGACUCGAAGGUGACGGUGCCGGUUAGACAACCUGCUCCCAAGAAGAUUGGCUUACGUGUUGCCCGGGAAGGGAUCUUCAAGUCUAUAUAUGACUUGCUGAAGCUCAGAGAGGAAGAGCGGGAGCUACUGGGAUUUCGCGAUGGGGAAAGAAAGGAUGCACUGGUUGAAAUUGACGAGUUUAGUUCGAAAAGGUUUGGAUUAGAAGAGGCAAUCUCGUCAAUCCGCAGCAAUCGUGAUAGUCAACGCUCCACAGAUUUGAAGGACGAGGCCCGUACUCUAGAAUCGGAGAUCCGCGAACUCGAGACCAGGUUGUACGAGAUGAAAGCGAAACACCGGCAUGUUAUACAAGAGAUUUCGGAAAUCGAAAACUCGGUGGAUUCCAAGCUGUCUUCCUAUAAUGCUUCCCUGUCCCUCGUGGAAACCAACAUUCGCAAAUACCUUCAGAACCCUCCUCUCCAGCCUCUGUCGCCCACUGCUGACGAGCCCACAUUCUACUCAUUGCACCCUAAACGCCGGACACUAGAUAUGGUACGAGAGCACUGGAAAGCCGAACAGGAAAGAUUACACAAGAGACAGUCGGAGGUGGACGCGGAAAUCCAAGCACUUGAAGCGGGUGGUGGUGUAUGGAAACAAGUGGUCACAGAGGUCACCGGGUUUGAGAAGCGCUUGAGAUCUGAAAUGCGUCGUUCCAUUCAAACACAGUCGCAAGUAUUGGAGGCAGACGGACCCUCUGGGAGCAAAACGGAAGAUAGUCGGGUUCAAACCAUCAUAGAUGACUUGCAGGCCACUACACAGCGAGUCGAAGGCCAACUGGAAAUCGCGGAGGACCGGGAUUGGAAGCUGCUUAUGUGUUGCAUUGGUGCUGAAGUAGAAGCGCUGCGAGAGGCGCGCGAGAUGCUUCUCGAGGUGUUCAAUGUGCAAGAAUCUCCCGAAAACAAGGAAUCAGACCCUGACAACCAUGAUCACCACGAUGAUGCACCAACGGAUCCCCUUGGGGUCGACAAUCCGGAACCUCCGGAGGAUCUAUUACGGGAUACAGGUGAUCAUCGACAUGAUACUACUGAUGAGGAUGAUGAACCGGAUCCCGCAUGGCUACUUCCCGAGUCGUAGCAGUACUGCAGUUUUUGUCACGUUUAAAGCGUUAUUCAAUUCGC